CGUGUAGGUUCCCGGAAGUGGAGGCUAGCGGUGUUUGCCCGGGCUUCUGCGGCUGGCUUGGGGUCGCGUCCAGCCGGGCACGAUGAGCUCCUUCCAGGGUCAGAUGGCCGAGUACCCAACCAUCUCCAUAGAUCGCUUCGACAGGGAGAACCUGAGGGCCCGCGCCUACUUCCUGUCGCACUGCCACAAGGAUCACAUGAAAGGAUUAAGGGCCCCGACUUUGAAAAGAAGGCUGGAAUGCAGCUUGACGGUCCACCUGUACUGUUCUCCUGUGACUAAGGAGCUGUUAUUAACCAGCCCGAAAUACAGAUUCUGGGAGAAACGAAUUGUGGCGAUCGAGAUCGAAACUCCCACCCAGAUAGCUCUGAUCGACGAGGCGUCGGGCGAGAAGGAAGAGAUUGUUGUGACUCUCUUACCAGCUGGUCACUGCCCAGGAUCAGUUAUGUUUUUAUUUCAGGGUGAUAAUGGAACUGUCUUAUACACAGGAGACUUCAGACUGGCCAAAGGAGAAGCUGCCAGGAUGGAGCUUCUGCACUCCGGGGGCAGAGUGAGAGACAUCCAGAGCGUGUAUUUAGAUACUACUUUCUGCGACCCAAGAUUUUACCAGAUUCCCAGUCGGGGGGAGUGUCUCAGCGGCAUUUUGGAGCUGGUCCAGAGCUGGAUCACGCGGAGUCCGUAUCACGUGGUGUGGCUGAACUGCAAAGCCGCUUACGGCUACGAGUACUUAUUCACCAACCUGAGCGAGGAGCUGGGGGUGCAGGUUCACGUGGACAAGCUGGACAUGUUCAGAAACAUGCCCGACAUCCUGCAGCACCUCACCACGGAGCGCAGCACCCAGAUCCACGCCUGCCGCCACCCCAAGGCAGAGGAGUACUAUCAGUGGAAUAAAUUACCCUGUGGACUUACUUCCAAGAAUAAAAUUCCACUGCACACGAUCAGCAUUAAGCCAUCCACCAUGUGGUUUGGAGAAAGAUCCAGGAAAACGAAUGUAAUUGUGAGGACGGGAGAGAGUUCGUACAGAGCUUGUUUCUCUUUUCACUCCUCCUACAGCGAGAUUCAAGAUUUCUUGCGCUACCUCUGUCCCGUGAAUGUGUACCCAAAUGUCAUCCCGGUGGGCACAACUCUGGACAAAGUGAGAGAAACCUUAAAGCCUUUGUGCCGGUCUUCUCAAAAUACUGAGCCAAAGUAUAAGCCACUUGGAAAACUGAAGAGAGCUAGAAGAGUCCAUCUAGAUUCAGAGGAGGAAGAUGACCUGUUUGAUGACCCACUGCCAGUACCCUUAAGGCACAAGCUGCCAUACCAGCUAACUCUGCAUCCAGAGGCUGUCUUGCUGACUGCAGUACCACAAAACCAGCCUGAAAAACUGGGACAAAGCACAGGAUGCUGUGAAGGGGAAAGUGUGCAAAGCUCUCUUUUAACCAACUUCAUAGACUGUGAAGAAUCUAACAGUGAGAGUGAAGAAGAAUCAGAUACCUCAGCUUCACGGCAGGAUCUGGACCCUGUAAUGCUUCCUCAGCAAAAGGCUGAUGCAGAUGUACCCCAGUGGAAAGUGUUCUUCAAAAGAAACGACAGUGUCUCAGAAGAGGGUUUGGAAAACUUCCCUUCCUCCACAGAGACCGGGGGAUCUCAGUCACCCAAGCUUUUCAGUGACUCUGAUGGAGAAUCAACCCACAUCUCCUCCCAGAAUUCUUCUCAGUCAACACACAUCACGGAACAAGGAAGCCAAGGCUGGGACAGCCAGGCUGACACUGUUUUGCUAUCAUCACAAGACAGAAAUGGGGAUACUGCCUUUUUGAACAAAGAUGCCCACAGACCAAAAGUCAAGGACAGUAUCCCUGCCUCUCAGAUGGAACAAAAUGUACUUUGCCCAAAGGAUACUUCCAGUGAUGUGAAGAGCAGUGAUGAAGACAUAACUAUAGCUGCUAAUAUCGGGACACACAUACCUGAGGAAAAAACACUGCCAAGUCAUAGCACACACACAGAUUCACAGAGCUCCUCUGAUUUUGAAAUUCCCUCAACUCCAGAAGCUGAGCUACCUAAACAAGAGCAUUUACAAUACUUAUAUGAGAAACUGGCAACAGGUGAGAGUAUAGUAUUGAAAAAAGAAAAUGCUCAUUCUUGGAUAUUUAAGAACUAAAACACCCUGUUCUAGAGCAACCAUUAAAAAGCUUUUACAGGAAAUUAAGUCUUUCAGUAGGUCAGGAACAGUAGAAUAAAAAACGUUCCAAUUGGCCAGGCACAGUGGCACAUACCUGUAAUGCCAGCACAGAGGGAAGCUAACACAAAAAAAUUGAAAGUCCUAGUCCUGCUUGAGCAGCUUAAUCAGCCUGUCUCAAAAAGUGCAGGGAUAUAGCUCAGUGCAAAGGUCAUGGGUUCAAUCCUCAGGACUAAACAACCCAAAAACUAAAGGCAGGCAAUAGAGUAAAUGGGGGAACAAAACAGCACAUGUGCAGGAGAAGUAAAUCUAAACAUCUCAGUAACUACAUUAAAUGUAAAUGGUCUAAGCACAUACCAAGGCAAAGACUACUCAGGGUUAAAAAAACAAAAGAUUACAUGCUGUCCACAAGAAACUGAACUCAAAUGCUAUCUAUAGAUAAAAGAAUGGGGACAAGACACAUGUAAACAUUAACUAAAAGAAAGCUAAAGUGGCUAUAUUAGUAUCAGACCAUUUCCUAAAGAUAAAAGGUGCAGGUUAACUGAGAAGACAUAAUCCUAAAUGUCUGCAUUUAACAGUUUCAAAAUACAUAAUGCAAAAACAAACUAAUGCACAAUUUUAGAGGUUUUAACAUCCUUUUCUUAGUAAGAGAACUAGUAAUAUAUACAGAAAAUCACUAGGAAUAUCACCACCUAACUGGAUCUGACUGAUGUAAGACACACCACCUAACAAGCAGUAGAAUACAUCUCAAGUACACGUGAGCAUCUACCAAAGUCAGAUUAUCGUACACACACUUAAAUUAGAAUAAACUUGGACCUAUUGCAAUAAACUGAUGGCUUUAGGGAAUAAUAGCACCACAUCCCAAAAGCUGUUGCAUCACUUAAAAGCCAGGGUAUGAAUACAAUGGUAAAAUUAUAACCACACAAAUCACAAUGUAAAAAGAAAAUGCUUAAGAAUUAAAUGGCUAAAGUAUAGUGUGUAGUGUGUUCUGUGAGUCAUCUUUAGAGUCCACAAAUGAUUUUGAGGAUUUAAUAAAAUUUCAUAAAUAUAUAAAUACUUUGGUACACUGACAUUUUACAAAUCACAAAAAAAGGCAAAAGCAUCCCUUAAAAUAAGCUGUGGAAUCUCUCAAGUUGGAAUCCCAAUCUGCAGGUUAAAACAAUGACAUGCACCAUCACCGUGAUGCAUGGUAAUUAGACCAAAAAAUACUGGACUCACUGGACUAGGGUAACAAGAGUCGGUCGUAGUACAUGUUACUAGCACAUACAUUUGUGUACAUUCACUAAUACUUCAGACUUAGUUUUAUUUUUUUGGAGACAGGAUGUUGCUCAAGCUGGCCUCGAACUCUUGGCGAUCCUCCUGCUUCAGCCUCCCAAGUAUCGGGAUUAUAGGUAUACACCGCCAUACUUGGCAAGACUUAGUUUUAAUAGUAUACCUUAUAGCCCAAGGUAGGUAUUUUAAAAAUGCUUGUAAACAUUCUUCUGGUGAAUGUACUCCCAGCAUUUUGUAAUUAUACCAUCAUUUUCAC